AUAUUUGACAGGGCACAGUCAGGCAGAGCCCGCACUCCAGCUUAGCGUUCAGUUAGGCACAGACGCCCUAGCCCCUCUCUCCGGGUCUCUCCUUGGUUUUCAUUUGGACGUUUUGUUGGUGCAGCAAUAACCAGCCAUGGAUGCCAUCAAGAAGAAGAUGCAGAUGCUCAAGCUCGACAAGGAGAAUGCCUUGGACAGAGCUGAACAGGCUGAGUCAGACAAGAAAGCAGCAGAGGACAGAAGCAAACAGCUUGAGGACGACUUGGUAGCUCUGCAGAAGAAGCUGAAGGGAACUGAGGAUGAGUUGGACAAGUACUCCGAGGCUCUUAAAGAUGCCCAGGAGAAACUUGAGCUGGCUGAGAAGAAAGCCACCGAUGCUGAGGGAGAUGUCGCUUCCCUUAACAGACGUAUCCAGCUGGUUGAGGAGGAGUUGGAUCGUGCUCAGGAGCGUCUGGCAACUGCCCUGACCAAGCUGGAGGAGGCUGAGAAGGCUGCUGAUGAGAGCGAGAGAGGCAUGAAGGUCAUUGAGAACAGGGCCAUGAAGGAUGAGGAGAAGAUGGAGAUUCAGGAGAUCCAGCUGAAGGAGGCCAAGCACAUCGCUGAGGAGGCUGACCGCAAAUAUGAGGAGGUGGCUCGUAAGCUGGUCAUCAUUGAGGGUGACCUGGAGCGCACAGAGGAGCGUGCUGAGCUUUCAGAAGGCAAAUGCUCUGAGCUUGAAGAAGAGUUGAAAACUGUGACCAACAACCUGAAGUCACUGGAGGCCCAGGCUGAGAAGUACUCACAGAAGGAGGACAAGUAUGAGGAGGAGAUCAAGGUCCUCACCGACAAGCUGAAGGAGGCUGAGACUCGUGCUGAGUUCGCUGAGAGAUCAGUAGCCAAGCUUGAGAAGACCAUUGAUGACUUGGAAGAUGAGUUGUAUUCUCAGAAACUGAAGUACAAGGCCAUCAGCGAGGAGCUGGACCACGCCCUCAACGACAUGACUUCCAUGUAAUUUUCAACUUGCUGUGCCUGCUUGUCCUGCCGUCGCUCGUCCUUACAGUUCCUUCAUAUACAUCUUCCGUCUCCAUCUGCGUGUUUUCACAUACCCAUCACGACUACCCCAUCAAUUGUUUGAAGUUUCUACAUUUAAAGACUGAAGCUGCUCUUUUAUAGUCUUACACAAUAUUAGUCUUAAAACAUAGUACCACUUCUGUCUAUAAAUGAAGCCAGUUUGCAAAAAUUGCAAGGAACUUUAAGAAGUCUCCUACUGAUCAUGUUAAAUAUUAUUGUGAUUAUGAUGAUACUGUGUGUAUCAGUAUCAUUGUUGUUGGAUAAUUCUGUGAACAGGACUGAAGUCAUGUGCAUGAACAGAAGAAAUGCAUGGGUCUCUGGUUAUACUUUUUUAGCUGAUUUAACUGGAGAUGUAUUACAUUUUGCUGGAAAAGUAAUCAUGAUCAUUUUGUAAUGUGAAUGUUAAUUCAGAUUAUUUUUGACAAUUUCACAUUAUAUUUUGACAUGAUGAGAAAUGCAUGCAACUUUUCUGUUAAAAUGUUACAAACUGUAUUGAGAAAGCAUUUCCAUGUCUUUUAUUCAUUCACUGUACCUCAAGUGGUGUCUCUGGUUAUGUUGUCUUCCUAUACUAAUACGGUCUACUUCUGUCCAGAAGAAAGGCCACAGUGUGUUUGCGACGUCCCCAAUAGUUAACCCUGUAAUAUCCACAAAGUUUGGUGUUGUCUUUCAACAUUUGGCCGUUCUGUGGGAGAUUAAAAAGGCGCACCACAUUUGCUUGGUCCAUCGCUGUUCCUUGUCUUUUAACAGAAAGGUCUUGAUGUAUUCAGAGGUUGGUCCAACCUCUAAUUUGUCUCAUUAGCGUGGUUGGUCUCGCGGUGCACUUCCAUUGAGCAUUGUGGUUUCGUUAUGCCGUGCCGUGACUCCCGUUGCUCUGGUGUAUUGUGGUGCGCAUCUCAAAUUUCCCCAGGUCCCACACCGACCCCUUCGGUUCACUGUACCUCUUCUCUCCCACACAGAUAAAUUGUUUACUCCUCAUCAACGACGCCUCCCGCCGGUUGAGCAGUGUCUGUCUGCUCUCUCCAGCCUUCUCUCCAUUUUCCCUUCCCUCUUUGUCUUUCCUUCCCUCCUCAUGUUUUCAUCCUCAUGUCAAAGUUAACUGCAUCCCAUCUCUUGUACAGACCUAGAAUCUUUCUGCGUUGUGUAAAAAAUAAACGUCCUUCCUUCUAUGUAUGCUGUAUCUCUUUACUCUGUCCUUUUUUUCUUUUUCAUUUCUAUUUAUUUUAAGUGGCUCUAAUAAAACCAGGAAGCCUUGAUUUUAA